GGCCCCAGUCGCGCGCACCUGAGAAAGCGCAGCCUCAGGACAAGGGCCUGUUUCUUGACCGGCCAGACGGAAUUCCAUGGCGCCAGAAAUUUGCUUGCGCAUUUGUCUUUUAUCCUGCUCACUGCUGGCUGUGUUGGACUGAUUGAUUUUGGUGUGCUUUAUGAUCGAUUAAUUCAUUGACUUGUUCUGGCGUGGCAACGACCACCGCGAUAUUGUAAAAAGACGAGAGUAUAUCAUCCACUCGCUUCGUCGAGGUCCGACGCCUCCGCUAGUUGCCUCCAGAAUCUGGGCCCGCCAUUUAUCAUAUGUGCUGGUGCCAAAGGCAACCACUGCUUGCGAACCACACGCCCGGGCCUUUUCAAACCUCCCCUCUAGUCUCGUUAGCGAGCACGGAUUCAUGAGCGGCGUCGCAGGAUGCCGCCUCGAAAGGCUCCAGCCAGGAGCGCAUCUAUCGAAGACAUACGUGUCACGAUUAUCAGCGGCAAAGCCAACGACCGUGCCAGCUCAUUGAAAGAACUGAUCGAGUUCGCUUCACGAGCCGACAGAAUCAAAUUGCUGAAGGACAAGGUCAUCCACCAACUCUUGGAGGCUAUAUUCCACUGCGCCAUAGCAGAGAAAACCACCUACUAUGGGGGUACCAAGACCACGAAGACGCAGGCGGAGAACCGGCUCGGCCUCUGCGCCGAAGCUCUCCGCACCAUUCUCACUCAGCGGGCCGCAAGGCUGAAGGUCAAGGCGGCGAGGGCUGUCGUCGACCACAUCACUCAGGUGCUCCCCGGCCCCGACCAGGAGUUUGUCACACCUCUUCGCCAGGACUAUAUCAAGUCCCUGGUAGCUCUCCUCGGGCGACCCGCGAAUGUAGAACAGCUAUGCCGGAACGACGCCGAAGGCUGGCUGGCGUGUGCCGACUUCUUUAUCGAUGCUAUAUCGCAGUCCUUUGGCAACGGAGACCGCGAGCUGAGCGUGCCGCCGCGUGGCUCCCCUGCUCCUGGAACUUCGUCGACAGCUAGGUCUGGCACUUCGAUCAGCCAGCGCAAUGGCAAGGAGAAGGGCCUGAGACACCUUGAGGACAUGGUGCAGUGCGUGCUAUACCUCGUGUCUGCCAUAAACGCCCCCCUCCGACUACGAUCCAGUGAACUCACCGCCACGGUAGUCCAGGUGCUGCAGCUACGCGACUUCAACGUGAGCAAGAUGCACCAGGCCGCAUUCGAAUCCAUAAACUCCAUCCUCUCCAGCCUCCAGGGCGACGAUCUGACUCUGGUUGCUGGCGUCGUUCGCGACAUCCUGGCGCUACUCAGCCACUGGUGGCAGCCACACUCAUCAAAGAACGACAAAUUGCUGAAUUCGAUUCGAGACGAGAUUCUUCGCACCAUCUUCAUACUUCUCCCCCAUAUCGACGCCCUUGCCCAAAAACCCGAGGACCGGUCUGUCUUGGGGGAUAUGGAAGAGCUUCUGGACGCGCUCUGGCUUGAGUACUCGAGGCGCGACGAGCGUGCGCGUCUCCAGUUGGCCGACCUCGACUUCUCGUCUAUAUCGGCCGACUACUUCUGUACUCGGUUAUUUGGCCUCCGGCCAUUCCACCCAGCUGCGGAGCGCAGUUGGGCGGUUGUCGAGGCUAUUGCGGCGCUCGAGUCCAUCUACUCACGAAACCUGAGGCAACGGCGUCUACUGUCUGUAGAGCCCGAGGUGGACCAGCCACGCAAAAGGCGUCGGAUAGACGAGGAUCGCCAUAGACUGUAUCAAAGACUGCGGUCCGCCGAAGACACGAUGAAGCUUGUCGCCUUACACUCGGUGCCCUUCCAGGUGGCCGUCGAGACUCCGCCGCUAAGCGACUUCUCGGACAUUCUCGGCCUUAUGAUAUCGUUGAUCAGCCAUAAGCAGUCGGCCAUCGCCUCAUGGGCAAUGAUUGCGUGUGCGAGUUACGCUGCAUUCCCUCUGGGUAAGGACGUGUCGCUCACGACGUCCUGGUCUCAAAUCUGGCAGGUGGCUGUUCGUUCCGUAAGCCACCAAGGGACCAGCCGGGCUGCGUGUGCCCUCCUCCACUCGAUUCUUGAGUCGGAUCUUCUGCCAUAUCACGAGAUUGCCGACAGUGUCAACACUAUCAUCACCACAGCGGACAUCAGCGGUCCUGCCGUCCUCGUUGACGCAUCUCUGGUCCUGAUGUUACAUCUUCUGCAUCUCAGAAAUACCAUGCUCCCUGGUGCGAGUCAGGCCACACGCAGUCAUAUAACUCGAUGGCUUUUCUCCAAGUGGAACCCAGCCGACUAUACAUACGCCACGUCACAUUCGCGACACGCAGAUCCUCUUGACAUCGUGAACUUGCUCAGAGCCUGUUUUGGGAGCCAGCCCUUCAAGUCAAACAGCUCAACCGCCGUUUUUGGGGGGUAUGUUUAUCAAUAUUGGCGGCAACAGUCAGAAGACAGCGGAAUGAUAGACUAUCUCGUCCUAAACCCGGCCGGCGCCCGGAAACAUGGCGAUCGGCUGAUUUGCGGCUCGUCGACUCGGGCUGAAGCCGGCGCAAAUGCGGCCGAUGCUGCGGAUGCGAAUGCUGCCAAAAAGCUAGUCCUGGAGCUGCUUCAUCCAAAACUCAGCGAGUCCCUAGGAACGGCAGAGUCCUGGGGAGGGCGUGGGUCGCACGGCGAAGGCGCUGCCCAGGUGUCUACUGAGCGCCUGCAGAGUCUCGUUUAUUGUGCCCUUGUCGGGGUGAUGAUGCUCCCGCAGUUUGAGGGGAUGAACACGACGCUGUCCAGGGAGGUGGAAAUGGCCUCAUCCGCCCUUGUUGACAGGAUUCUCAAGGCAGUGUUGGCUGCUGGAGAAACACAACACUUUUCAGAGAUCUGCCUCAGCUCCGUGGCCGCGUAUCUCCCGGGGCUGAACGCAUCCGAUCUUACACGGUUCCGCAAAGAGAGCAAGCCGCUGCUGGAGCUUUUCUCCAAACUGUCGCUAGCGAUCAGCGAGAAAUCUUCACAGCAGUCAUCUAGUGCUGCGCUGGAUAUGAUGGAUCUCGACGACGACUUUGGCUCACAGGCGAGCCAGGGGAGCUCCAUCUCCAAGGCUUCACCGCUGCCAAGGAGUAAUAUCGGUGUGAGGUUCAGCCGCGAAGGCUUCUACGCCGACCUCACCAUGAGACUCCGCCUCCUGUCGAUCAUGCUCGAUGACGAAGGCCAGAUCGGAUUGGUUCCCGCCGACUUUGUCGAGCAACUGGUGUCACUUUCAUCCGACGACUUUCUCUUCUGCCGUCGUCUCCUGCAGGACAUUCUCACCUCGGACUCUUCCAUCAACCCCGAAGACGCUCGUCGUCUGGUAGAGGCCGUUGGUACCAUUCUCGGCGACUCGGAGUACUCUACAUGCGAGGUGGCGCUCGGCACAUGUAUUGACCUGAUCGAGGGCUUCAUUCCUAUCUGGAGCAAUGCCACCCUUGAUGUGUCAACAAUGGUUGGGGACUUGUACUCGUACAUUGUCAAAACAGGGCUGCCUAGCAACGAUCUAUCCCCGAGAGCGCAGGCCUGGUUCGCUGAUCUUCUUUUUGCUCUGCUGGAGAAAAACUCCGACUACGGCCAGGCCCUAGGGCUAGCACCCUGUCGCUCUACUCUUCUGUCUGUCUUCCAGGACGGUAGCUUGUGGCUAAAGUUCAAGAUUGGCGCGAAACUGCCCAACAUAUUUGCGCUAUUCGUCUUCAAGGUCCAUGACAACCUAUUCGUCGACAUCCUCGACUGCCUGCCCGCCGACCCGGAGCAUCACGAGGGCAUCGCGCUGCGACUUUUUGCUCUGGCAGAAAUAGCAUGCCGCUGGCCCACACUGCUCAGGAGGUGCAUCUACCACAUCUUUGAGACUCCCGGAACGGUCACCAAGUCCGAUAAGCACGCGACUCGAUGUCUCGCACGAGUGGCCCAUGUCCUGGGACUUGAUUCCCCCAAGGAGCUAUUCAGGCUUUUCACUCCACAGCUACUGUAUACGUGGUUAGAGGCCAACCCCAUGGCAGACAUGCCUUUCGGGAUAUUCGGGUUCGCAACGCUCGAAGAGCUGCUCUCUCAGGCAAGGGUAGAAAUCACCGCCCUCAUGAUCAUGCGGGGCCAAGAGGGAGACGUCCAGGAUCUUGCCAAGCGGCUGAAAGUGUCCACGGCUCAACUGAUACAGUUAAGCUUCUCACGGACAAUGGCAUACAGCAUCGCUCACGACAUCAGCAUCCCUAAGGACGGACAGCAGACUACCAGCGAAAGCCGUAUCCGGAAGAUUCUGGGCAAGGAGACGUUUUUGGAAUGCAUCCAUCUCAACUUUGUGGAUAUCAUCGGCAUACUUUUCGAUCUCAUCGAUCAGGAGGACCCCAUCGAGAGGGCAUUUGCAAAGGACCCCAACCUCAAGUACGCCGCCGACAUAAUGGCCAAGAUCAAAAUCCAUGGACACCUCGCUGUGGAUCUACCACCGAAUCAGCAACCCAUGUUCAAGGCGAAAUACCUCUGUAAGGAGAUCGAACACCUUUGCAGCCGCACCGAGCACGAGCUGCCUACUCUUUGGACCCCGGCCCUCGUCGUGUCUAUUGCCCGUCGGCUUCUCAACACAGUGCACCCAGCCAUGGGCCCGUUGCACGCCUGCUCCGUCAUCCGGAAGGUGCGCGUCUUGGUGUGCCUCGCGGGGGCGCAGGCAACCAACUCAUACCCCCUAGAGAUGCUGCUACAUUCGGUUAGGCCAUUCGUCGGAGAUGCCGAAUGCGCAGACGAUGCUCUAGGCCUUACCCGCUACCUCGUCUCCUCUGGGGUCAACCACCUCGCUCAGGUGCCUUCUUUCCUCGCCGGUUAUUCGCUGUCUACUCUAGCUUCACUGCGCAUGUUUCUAGAGUCCAGUCAGUCAAGCACUACACAGGAGAGCCAGUUCAAGGCCACCAAGACCAACGCCGAAAAGUUUCAUUCGUGGUUCACAAAAUACCUGACCGACUAUGACUCGUCUGCCUUCAAGGAUGAAUCUCAACGCGCGGCUUUCAAGUCCAUCACACAAUCUGCCGCGCACAUUCGGGCUUCAGGGAACGCCGAAAAGGGCACCCAUGAGUCUAGCCUCCUGAUGGAGAUCUUGAAGGACGGGGAGCGUGAGCAUCAGCUCCUAAACCGUUCGUCCAGGGAUCUGGCACUGGGAAUGCUCUGUGGCGAUUUCCAGGUGCCUUACUCCGGCCGCACAGACAUUAUAGAGACGGACAGCGACGCUAUUGCCCACGGGGCUAUGGUAUGGGAAAGCUGCAAGUCCCAGUCGCUGCAGAACGAGUAUCUCACCUGGGCCGGGCGCGUGAUUGGCAAGUCGUUUGUGGCAUCGGGCGAGAUCCAAGAGGAGUUUCUCCGUGAGUCCCGCAUCGCCGACUCUACCAGGGCAGCUGCUCCGGAAGCUGGCUCCGAGCAGGGCAUCUUGGACCUUCUUGAGGCCUUGACAACGGACAGGGAAUGCCACACUGCCGGUCUCGCCGAGUCGGCGCUGCGGACGGUCGUAUCCGAGGCCGUAGCGCAGCGAGAUGCCGCACUGCAAAUGGUGUGCCAGGAAAAUCUCUCCGAGGCCCUGAUGGUUUCCUCGGACUGGAGUCCCUACCGCACGCCGCCCUCGGACUUUACCGAGCCCGAAUUGACCCCUGACGUAGACCUUUUUGGGGCAGAGAGGAUCGAGAGCCCAGACUGGUCGCAAGAAAUGGCAAUGUACCUGGCAAAGUCGGUACCGCAGGACGUUGUACUUUCCGUACUACCUCCGCUACUUCAGCGAGCUAAAGGGUUUGCGGAAGAGGUCUUCCAAUUUGUCGUCCACCUGGUCCUGGAGUUCCAGCUCGACAAGGAGCAGGUCAUUCGACGCAGGCUGUCGGCCGCCAUCAAAGACUGGCUUGCCGUCGAGAAGGCAGAGGCAAGGGAGAACAUCAAGCUUGUCAUCAACACGAUGUUGUUCCUGCGCACACAGCCUCUGGCCAACGAAACUUCGAUCGCGGACCGGUCGCAGUGGCUAGAUAUAGAUCUCCCCGCGGCCUCUGCCGCCGCCACGCGGUGUGGCAUGUUCAAGGUCGCCCUUCUCUUUGCGGAGCUGGCCCUUUCUGAGACCAGCUCCAGGGCCUCGAGGCGGUCGUCUGCCGUCAGAGAUCUGGACACUACCGACUCGACCGAGAUACUACUCAACAUCUUUGAGAAUAUUGACGACCCGGACGCCUACUACGGACUGCCGCAGACAUCCAGCCUGGCUAACGUUCUUGCUCGGCUCGAGUACGAGAAAGACGGCAUCAAGGGGCUCGCAUUCCGCGGAGCCCAGUACGACAGCCAUGUGAGGCAGAGAGACCAGCAGUCCGAAAAGGAUGGCCAGUCUCUUGUUCACGCGCUGGGCAACCUGGGACUGUCCGGGCUUUCGCAUUCGCUGCUUCAGACGCAGCAGGGCUUGGACGGCGGGGUGGCUAGCAUGGACAGCACCUUCAACGCCGCGAGACGACUUGAGAUAUGGAACCUGCCGGUGCCAUCCAACUACACGAGCCACUCCGUGACCGUGUACAAGGCGUACCAAAACAUCCACCAGGCGACAGACUUGACCUCGGCGCGACAGGCCGUCCACGAGGGCUUGGCAGAGACGGUGCGCCACCUGACGCGCAACAGCCUGAAGGCGUCAAAUCUCCGUCUUAAUCUUGAUGUGCUAGCUGCCUUGACGGAGCUCGACGAGAUCCUGGGCGUGACGGACGCCUCGGAGCUCGAAGGCAUGUUCGAGAAAUUCGACGGGCGAUCCAGGUGGAUGAUGAGCGGAAGAUACGAGGAUGUGAGACAGAUCCUGUCGUGCCGAGCGUCGACACUGAGCAUGCUUAGCCAGCAGAGCAUCAUCCGUGGCCCUAAGCAACUCUCGUCGGCCGAGGCCAGGCUCGUCGAGAUCCGAGCAUUGCUACUUUCGGCCGGCAUCUACCGUUUCCACGACGCAACCCAGGAGUCGCUCAACAUUGCCACCUCACUGAACGACCUCAUUGGGCCAUGUGAUGCCAUGGGUCUCAGCGUGGAUGCUGCGGUAAAGGUGGAGGUGGCCAGCUCUUUCUGGGACCACGGGGAAAUGAUACCUUCAAUCCGUAUGCUGCAGGGUAUAGAAAAGGACUCGGCGCUCAAGAAGCAGACGAUUCACGUCAGCCGAGCCGACCUGCUUGCCAAGAUUGGACACCAGGUCUCGGUGGCCAGGCUGGAGAGUCCAGACAGCAUCCAGAAGAAGUAUCUCGAGCCGGCUCUCAAGGAGCUCAAGGGAGCCAGCGAAGGGAACGAGGCAGGGAAAGUGUUCCACCAGUUCGCCGUGUUCUGCGACGAGCAGCUGCAGAACCCCGACAGCAUGUCUGACCUGAAUCGGCUGAAGGGCCUCGAGAAGGGCAAGAGCGACGAAGUGGCGCAGCUCGAGACGCUGAUUCACGACACUAGGGACUCGCAGCUGAAGAGUAAGUACACGAGCCACCUAGGCAAGGCGAAGCAGUGGCUCGUGUUGGACCAGCAGGAGCUGCGGAGGGUCGAGCAGACGCGGAACGAGUUUGUGAAGCUGAGCCUGGAGAACUAUCUCCUCUCGCUCACGGCCUCGGACGAGCACAACAACGACGCCCUGCGCUUCACGGCGCUCUGGCUCGAGCGGGCCGGGGAGGAGUCGACAAACGAGGCGGUGCGCAAGUACGUCGACAAGGUGCCGAGCCGGAAGCUGGCGCCGCUCAUCAACCAGCUCACGUCUCGCCUGCAAGACAACGCGUCGCACUUCCAGCGGCUGCUGAUGAACCUCGUCUACCGCAUCUGCGUCGAGCACCCGUACCACGGCAUGUACCAGAUCUGGUCCGGGACCAAGUCGCGCACCAACAGGGAGGACGAGGUGGCGGUGCUCCGACAGAAGGCGACGGCGCGCAUCUCGGACCUGCUGUCCAAGCACAAGUCGGUGAGCCAUAUCUGGCACGCAGUUGAUAGAACCAACAGGUGCUACCACACGCUGGCGACGGAGAAGAACCCGACGCGCUACAAGCAGGGCGCCAAGGUGGCCAUCAAGGACGCGCAGGCGGGCCCGGCGCUCAUCUCGACGCUCGCAAAGUACCGCAUCCCGCCGCCGACGCUGCAGAUGGAGCUGCGGGCGGACCUGGACUACUCCGGGGUGCCGACCAUCCUCAAGCUCGAGCCCAACAUGGCCAUCGCGUCGGGCAUCAGCGCGCCCAAGAUCAUCACGGCCGUGGGCACGGACGGAGCCAAGUACAAGCAGCUGGUCAAGGGCGGCAACGACGACCUGCGGCAGGACGCCAUCAUGGAGCAGGUGUUUGCGGCCGUGUCGUCGCUGCUCAAGCACCACCGCGCGACGCGGCAGCGCAACCUGGGCAUCCGGACCUACAAGGUGCUGCCGCUGACGGCCACGUCGGGCCUGAUCGAGUUCGUGCCCAGCACGCAGCCGCUGCACGACUACCUCAUGCCGGCGCACGAGAAGUACUACCCCAAGGACCUCAAGGCCUCGCACUGCCGCCGCGAGGUGGCCAACGCGCAGGGGAGGACGGUCGACGUGCGCGUCGCGGCCUACCGGCGCGUGGCCGAGCGCUUCCGCCCCGUCAUGCGCUACUUCUUCAUGGAGAACUUCCAGGCGCCCGACGAGUGGUUCGCGCGCCGGCUGGCCUACACGCGCACCACGGCCGCCAUCUCGAUGCUCGGCCACGUGCUCGGGCUCGGCGACCGCCACGGCCACAACAUCCUGCUGGACCGCGUCACGGGCGAGGUGGUGCACAUCGACCUGGGCGUCGCCUUCGAGAUGGGCCGCGUCCUGCCCGUGCCCGAGCUGGUGCCCUUCCGCCUCACGCGCGACAUCGUCGACGGCAUGGGCAUCACAAAGACCGAGGGCGUCUUCCGCCGCUGCUGCGAGUUCACAAUGGACGCCCUGCGCGAGGAGACGUACUCCAUCAUGACCAUCCUCGACGUCCUGCGCUACGACCCGCUCUACUCGUGGUCCAUCUCGCCCGUGCGCCUGGCGAAGCUGCAAGACACGACGACGCGCCAGCGCGCGGGCGGCGGCGGGACUGAUGAUGCCGCCGCCGCCGCCGCCACCGACGACGGCGGCCAGGCCGUCGUCGAGAGCCGCAAGGCCGUCAACGAGCCGUCCGAGGCCGACCGCGCCCUCGAGGUGGUGCGCAAGAAGCUGUCCAAGACGCUGAGCGUCACGGCCACGGUCAACGACCUGAUCAAUCAGGCCACCUCGGAGAGGAACCUGGCUGUUUUGUAUUCUGGCUGGGCGGCAUAUGCGUGAGGGAUCUGCCGCAGGAAAGAGUGUCUCAUCAGUGCGAGUUGUCACAGCGUGUAGACGGGCUGUUGGAGUUCAGCCGCACUGUAAUAUAGGGAGGUGUUGACAACAAUCUCAUUCUGUAGACAAAUACAAGGACUCUUAUUUCCUAUCCCAUGCCUUCUAACAUGAACAAACGCCUUUGCGGC